AGCCUGCUAAGCCCGUGAAGCCAACGGCCCAACGAGACCAACGCCUUGAGACUUGCAACCUUGCCGCAUUACCCUCACCAUCUGACGGACAUUAUUCUCACGCAGACCUAAUCAUACACACACAACCCCCUUCACCACCACCGAUACCCCCAAACUUGACUAGGGAACCCACAUCCUACAUCUCCUCCUACCUCGAUUCCGCAAGUCAUGAACACCAACGGAAACCCCGCGGCGCAGAUCGCAAAUGUCUUCUCCAACUUUGGAGCACAGUUGAAGCCUUUCGGCUCUCAAGCCGUCAAGCAGUUCUCGCAAAUGCAGCAAUAUGCCAAGGAACGGAUGGGAAGCGCAAGUGACGUGACGGAGCUGCCUGCCGAAUACAGGGAUCUCGAGUUGAAAGUGGACCGUAUCAAGACUCUCCACGACAACCUCUCGAAAAUCUCGCGUAACUUCACCCUCCCGCACUAUGACUACGAGCCUCCGUUGGCGGAGACUGCCUUGAACUUUGCAUCCACCGUCAGUGACCGCGCCAUCUCUUUCACGGCUGCUGGUGCCCGUGCUGCCGGUGUCAAUGCCAACAUUGGCGGUGGGCCUAAGACUAAGGAGGAGAUUCCUCCUAGCUUGGCCCAUGCCUUCGCCCGUGCUGCCAUCCACUCGGCUGAAGAGCUUGGAACACAAGAGCCUAUCGGUGUUGCCCUCAAGAAGUUUGCUACUGCUGAAGAGAGGGUUGGAAACGCACGAUUGAAGUUUGAUGCCGAGGCCACUAGCAAAUUCCAUCAGCCAAUCAACCGCAUGGUUGUGCAAAAUAUCGCUGCUGCGAUGAAGGCGCGCAAGAGUGUCCAGUCCGUACGGUUGACAUACGACGCUUGCCGCGCUCGUCUGAAGGCUGCCAGGCCUGAGCACGUUGAGGCGGUGCGCCAGGAGAUGGAGGCAGCAGAAGAUGAGUUCGUUGCUGCCGUCGACGAUGCUAUGGGCAAGAUGAAGGCUGUUGUCGAGACAACGGAAACUUUCAAGAACUUGGCCGAUCUUGUCUCGGCACAACUGAAGUACUUCAAGGAGGCCGCUGAGGCUCUUUCGGAGGUUGCCCCCGAGUUGGACGAGCUGACCGUUACAAACGAAGCUCUGCUCAGGCACCCCGCUGCGUAAUUUGUAUAUAAUCCGCUUUUCGUAUCACAAACAGAAUUCUUGGUAUCCAUUUAAAAGUCCUUUACACAAUUCUUGUCCUGAUUACGCACUUGUGUUUACGCCAAGACCAUACGGUAACUCGCAGUCGCCGGCUCUAUCCC